AUGAUAGAAGCAAUAAAAUACAAAUGUGAUCUUGUCAACUAUAGCUACGGAGAGGCAACACAUUGGCCAAAUUCUGGGAGAAUUUGUGAAGUAAUUAAUGAAGCAGUGUGGAAACACAACGUAAUCUAUGUUUCAAGUGCAGGAAAUAAUGGCCCUUGCCUUUCUACAGUAGGAUGUCCUGGUGGAACUACAUCUAGUGUAAUAGGUGUUGGUGCCUAUGUAUCACCUGACAUGAUGGUUGCUGAAUACUCUUUAAGAGAGAAACUGCCAGCAAAUCAAUACACUUGGUCAUCCAGGGGGCCUAGCACUGAUGGAGCCCUUGGAGUAAGUAUCAGUGCCCCAGGAGGUGCUAUUGCUUCUGUUCCAAACUGGACUCUGCGAGGAACACAACUCAUGAAUGGCACAUCCAUGUCUUCUCCCAAUGCAUGUGGAGGCAUUGCAUUAGUAUUGUCAGGACUCAAAGCUAAUGAUGUUCAUUACACUGUUCAUUCUGUCCGAAGAGCUUUAGAAAAUACUGCGGUGAAAGCUGAAAACAUAGAAGUAUUUGCACAAGGACAUGGUAUUAUUCAGGUUGAUAAAGCCUAUGACUACCUCGUUCAGAAUUCAUCAUUCACAGGUAACAUAGGCUUUACGGUUACUGUUGGCAGCAACCGUGGAAUCUACCUCAGAGAUCCUGCCCAGAUAGCUGCACCUUCUGAUCAUGGGGUUGGCAUAGAACCUGUCUUUCCUGAAAAUACAGAAAACACUGAAAGAAUAUCUCUCCAGCUUCAUUUAGCUUUAACUUCAAAUGCACCGUGGGUCCAGUGUCCUAGUCAUUUAGAGCUUAUGAACCAGUGUCGACACAUAAAUAUUCGUGUGGAUCCACGUGGCCUGAGGGAAGGACUACAUUUUACAGAGGUGUGUGGAUAUGACAUAGCAACACCUAAUGCAGGCCCUCUGUUCAGAGUCCCAGUAACUGUUGUUAUACCAACAAGAGUAGAUGAAUCAUCAAGCUAUGACCUGACAUAUACAGAUGUUCAUUUUAAACCUGGUCAAAUCCGAAGGCACUUCAUUGAUGUCCCACAGGGAGCUACAUGGGCUGAAGUGACAGUAUGUUCAUGUUCAGCUGAUGUGACUGCCAAGUUUGUGCUUCAUGCCGUUCAGCUAGUGAAACAAAAAGCAUAUAGAAGUCAUGAGUUCUACAAAUUUUCAUCCUUACCAGAAAAAGGAUCAGUGACUGAAGCAUUUCCUGUCUUAGCUGGAAAAACCAUUGAAUUUUGUGUUGCUCGGUGGUGGGCAAGCCUUAGCGAUGUUAGCAUUAACUACACAAUUUCUUUCCAUGGUGUACUUUGUGCUACUCCUCAGCUGAACAUGCAUGCUUCAGAAGGCAUCGUACGAUUUGAUGUUCAAUCGUUGUUGAAGUAUGAAGAUAUUGCUCCAUGUAUAAAUCUGAAAAGCUGGGUUCAAACGCUCAGACCAGUGAGUACAAAAAUAAAACCUUUGGGCUCCAGAGAUAUUUUACCAAAUAAUCGUCAACUGUAUGAGAUGAUUUUGACCUAUAACUUCCAUCAGCCUAAGAGUGGAGAAGUAACUCCAAGCUGCCCACUUCUUUGUGAAUUGUUGUACGAAUCUGAAUUUGAUAGUCAACUGUGGAUUAUUUUUGACCAGAACAAAAGACAGAUGGGUUCAGGAGAUGCCUAUCCACACCAGUAUUCUGUGAAACUGGAAAAAGGAGAUUACACUAUUCGGUUACAAAUUCGUCAUGAACAGAACAGUGAGCUGGAUCGCAUCAAAGACCUUCCAUUUAUUGUUUCUCACAGGUUGUCUAGUACCUUGAGCUUAGAUAUUUAUGAAAACCAUAGCCUUGCUCUCUUAGGGAAGAAGAAAUCGAACAGUUUGACAUUACCACCAAAACACAGUCAGCCAUUCUUUGUUACAUCUCUGCCUGAUGACAAAGUACCUAAAGGAGCAGGACCAGGAUGUUACCUUGCAGGAGCUCUUACACUGUCUAAAACAGAACUUGGAAAGAAAGCUGAUGUCCUUACUGUUCACUAUCAUCUGAUACCAUCACCAUCAAAGAGUAAAAAUGGCAGCAAAGAAAAAGAAAGAGAACAGGAAAAAGAAAAAGAUGUAAAAGAAGAAUUUGCUGAAGCUUUAAGAGAUCUAAAAAUACAGUGGAUGACCAAGCUGGAUACCACUGACAUGUAUAAUGAGUUGAAAGAAGCAUUUCCUAAUCAUCUUCCAUUGUAUGUUGCAAGACUUCAUCAGCUGGAUUCUGAAAAGGAACGAAUGAAAAGGCUUGAUGAAAUUGUUGAAGCUGCAAAUACCGUAAUCUCUCAUAUUGAUCAGACAGCAUUAGCAGUGUAUUUUGCCAUGAAGACUGAUCCCAGGCCUGAUGCAACUACUAUAAAAAAUGAAAUGGAAAAACAGAAGACUACUUUAGUGGAUGCACUUUGUCGAAAAGGAAGUGCACUGGCUGACCAGCUUCUUCAUCUGCAGGCCCAAGAAGGGGCUGCUUCCAGUGAUGCAGAAGGCAAAGAUGAGGAUCAUGAGAGCUGCUCAGAAGCUUUGACAGAGACAUUCUGGGAAACCACAAAAUGGACUGAUCUUUUUGACAGCAAG